AUUACAUUUAACAAAAUUUACUCAUGGGCGGUGAAAGAAGUUCGAGAAUCUCACUCUAGUUUAGACUUCCAAGUUCCCAUUGUAAAGGAACUCUUCUGGAAACCAGUGUAAUGUGCAUUGCAUCUCCUGCAACAACAACAACAACAACAAAAAUGGGAAAAUAACUCUGCCAAAAAUUACCGUGGUUAAACCAAGAAGCACUUGAACGGUGGUUAAACCAGACAAUGACAGCUGUCACUGCCAACUCAGCAGGCCCAAAUUCCCACGAAAAUCUAGUCCGAGGAUUCUGGUUCUAGACACUCGACCCCUUCCUCGUUUCUCGCACAGCUUUGUCUCAUCACAGCAACAGCAUAGAUCUCUCACUCACUAUAAUCCUUCUUACCCACUUCCGCUUCUCCCAAAUCCCAAUCAAUCCGAACUAAAAUGGAACUAACAGUACUAUUGGCGUCGUCACUAAUGCUCUGUUUUUCCAUCGUCUCAACAACUGCAUCAAUUCUUGACACCAUUGUCCCAGGUCAGUCCAUCAAAGACGGAGAAACCAUCAUCUCGACCGGGCGGUCGUUCGAGCUCGGAUUCUUCAGCCCCGGAACUUCAACCAACCGCUAUUUGGGCAUCUGGUACAAAAAAUACGCCACCGGUACCGUCGUCUGGGUAGCAAACAGAGAAACCCCUCUCCUCGAUCACUCCGGCGUCCUCAAUUUUACUAGCCAGGGCGUUCUUCACCUCCGAGACGGAGUCAACGGCGGAAUCGUUUGGUCGUCGGCCAAUUUGACUAAACCACCAAAGAAUCCCACUGCUCUGCUCUUGGAUUCUGGAAAUUUCGUGGUCAGAGAUGGAAAUUUGAAAACUUCCAAUGUCGAUUACUUAUGGCAGAGCUUCGAUUACCCGACGGACACGACCCUGCCGGGGAUGAAGCUCGGAAGAAAUCUGGCGACCGGAAUGGACUGGUCGCUGACGUCGUGGAAAUCCCCCAACGAUCCGGCGAGAGGAGAAUUCAGCCUCGGGAUCGAUCCACGUGGCUACCCGCAGUUGGUCCUGAAACAGGGGAACAACACCAUAUACAGGGCAGGGCCCUGGAACGGGAACCGGUGGACCGGUUCGCCCAAGCAGCAGUCCAACUCGGUUUACGAUUACUGGUUCGUGUUCAACGAGAGGGAGGUUUACUUCGCGUUUGAGCUGAUCAACGAGUCGCUCUUGUCGAGAUACACGGUCACUGCCUCUGGAGCGACGGGGAGGUUCAACUGGAAGGAUGACAGGCGCGGUUGGGUUACUUAUUUUCUGAUGGGGGCCGACCAGUGCGACAUAUUCGCCAAGUGCGGUCCGACUGCUAUGUGCGACAUCGAUGGUACGAACUACUGUAAUUGUCUGGAUGGGUUCAGACCCGGGUCGCCCGCCGAUUGGGCCGUUCGGGACUGGUCCGGUGGGUGCACCACGAAGGGUCCGCUGGGGCGUUGCAGGAAAGGGGAAGGGUUCGUUCGGCUUCAGAAGGUGAAGUUGCCCGAUACUUCGGGCUCGUGGUUCGACCGGAAUUUGAGCCUCAAGGAGUGUAGGCAGCGGUGCCUGACGAACUGUUCUUGCACGGCUUACAGUAGUCUGGAUGUUACUCGUGGAGGGAGCGGGUGCUUGCUUUGGUUUGGUGGUUUGGUUGAUUUGAGAGCGUAUCCGGAUAAUGGGCAAGAUCUCUAUGUCAGGGUGGAUGCUUCAUAUUUAGCCUCUAUCAAGAAGAAAAAGAGGAAGGUUGUGGGGAUGAGGAUCGCAGUGUUGAUAUCGUUAGUAGCGGUGGUGGUGACUGUAAUCGUGCUGGGAUGGAGACUGUGUCUCGGAAAAAUCAAACAAAGAUAUCAAGGUAAAAAGAAAUAUCGAGCCAGAAAGGGUUCCAACAAUGAUGAUCUGGAGUUGCCAAUGUUCGAUUUUACCACGAUUACGAGCGCAACAAAUAACUUCUCUGACGACUACAAGCUUGGAGAAGGUGGAUUUGGACCUGUUUAUAAGGGAACAUUGUGUGACGGGCAAGUGAUAGCGGUGAAGAGGUUGGCGACGAGUUCUGGACAAGGGUUGGAAGAGUUCAAGAACGAGGUUGUGUUGAUCUCCAAGCUUCAGCACCGGAAUCUUGUAAGGCUAUUAGGUUGUUGUAUUGAAGGGGAUGAAAGGAUGUUGGUCUACGAAUACAUGCCGAAUAAGAGUUUGGAUCACUUCAUUUUUGAUGAAUCAAGAAGCAAGCUUCUGGAUUGGCAGAGACGAAUCGACAUUAUCGAAGGGAUUUCCAGAGGGCUUCUGUAUCUGCAUCAGGAUUCCAGGCUAAGAAUAAUCCACCGAGAUCUAAAAACCAGCAACGUUCUACUCGACAUUGAUAUGAACCCGAAAAUCUCCGACUUUGGGAUGGCUAGAAUGUUUGGAGGGGAUCAAACCGAGGCUUGCACGAGCCGAGUCGUCGGAACAUUUGGAUACAUGGCUCCAGAAUACGCAAUAGACGGAUUGUUCUCGAUGAAAUCGGACAUCUUCAGCUUCGGAGUUCUGGUCCUAGAAGUGCUGAGUGGGAGGAAAAACAGGGGAUUUUUCACUAGUGAUCAUGGCCUCAACCUUCUUGGACAUGUGUGGAAGCUGUGGAUGGAAGAGAAGCCACUGGAGCUGGUGAAAGAGGAACAAAGGCAGAUAGUGGUGUCUGAUUCAAGGCUUGCGGCGCUGAUAAAACGACACAUUCAUGUGGGUUUGUUGUGCGUUCAACAGGAACCUGAAGAUCGUCCAAACAUGUCGACGGUGGUGCUGAUGCUGGGAGGAGACAGCUUGCUGCCGGAUCCAAAGCCGCCUGGGUUCUUCGCCGAGAGAAAAGUGCCUGAGACAGACUCUUCUUCUUCGUACAAUAAAUCACGUUCCAUAGGUGAAAUCACGGUGACGGAGUUCAUUCCCCGCUAGUUGGUGAAGAUGAUGAAAAAACAGAAGGAGAUAAAAGACCAUGAGGUGGUGAUUUUAUUGUGUUCUUGUGCGGAGUCUGUGUAACCCCUCUGUUUUCUGCAACAAAUGAGUAGAGCAAGUAAUAACAUAGCCAUGAAUCCACAAAUCAAGAUGCAAAAUGGAACAUCUUAUUUAGAGCUGAAAAUUUGCAUGUCCCAGGUGUCCCUAACCCUGUUUGAUCCGUCUCUGAAAGGUCAAGAUGUAUAACUGACACGUCCCGUCCCUGUUUUAUUCUUGACCCUGUCUGACCAUCAAGGCUUGGGACGGACUGGGUCAAUUGGUCGACCCUAAUCAAUACACUAUUUUUUUACAAAUUAUAUUUUGGUACCCAAAAUUAUUUUCUCUUAUAAUUUAAUACCUAUUUUUUUUUUCAAAUAAGUCCAUAAAUUUUGACGGUAAAAUUACAUUUUGAUACCCAAUUUUUAUUUUUAUUUUUACAAGUUAGUAUCUAAACUUUUAAAACUUUACAAAAAGGUCCAAUGUGGUGUGAGAUAUUUGUUGUUGUUAAGGGUCACAGGGUCAAAACGUGAUCCGUCCCUAAGUUGUCUCUACCCGUCACGAUCCUUACAGGGUUAACAAAUGACCCGUCCCUAAUCUGUCCAUGUAGACAAACUGACCCGUCCCGACCCUUAGAAACGAGACGGGUCGGGACGGGUCAGUGGGUCUUCCGGGUCAAGCUUUCACCCCCUAAUCUUAUUAGCAAUAACAUAAAAAAAAAAUUAAUCAAUUGCAUAAUAUAAAAGUGAAUUCUAAACAUAAUAAAAUUAAAGUCAAACAAUACAAAACUCAAAAUUCGUGUAGUUACACAAUAAUAGCUCGGUUUACACCGCUUACAACAAACCGCCACAAGAUUUCACAUAAAUUUUGAUAGAAUUCCAUUGAUGCAAAUGAUCUCUCUACCCAACCUGUUGCACGCAGUGAAAAUUGUCGUUCAGAAAUGUACGGAUGGAAGGGCAUGAGCGUGGAUCGAUCGACGACGCCCCCUUUUACCAUCACAAAUGAAACCAUGCAUGCAGCUGUCGGCAUGCAAUUUUACCUUUCUUUCCGCGUGUGUGGUUUGAACUUUGAAUUUAUCGGACGGCCCCUUUGAUUAUUAGUUUUGAUACAACUUGUUAUCUGAAAAUGACGGCACUGGAUGAUGACGAUGAUUCUAUUCCUCUCGCUGAAAAAAGUAUUUUGUGUCGAUCGACGGCCAAAUUGUUAGAUUAGAAAUUGUGGUGAUCGAAGACCCUUCACCGCCAUUCUUGGUGGAAUUCCUAUGCUCCAGCUGAUUUCAUUGACCAGACUAGUCUUUCAACCGUAACUUCUGCUCAUCAUUGAACAAUUAAUCACCUUCUUCAAGACUCCCCUCAGAAGCUUAGUGAAACAUAAAUGACCAAAGUUUCAUUAAUUAGUAGGCUGUUGGUUAGGUGGUUAUUCUAUUUACAAAUCUAUAAACACUUUGCUGUUGGGUUUUGGUGUUCUUUCUAAUUCGGACUUAAUAAUCUUUUCCUGGUGAAAGUGUCACUUAUUUUAACUAUCGAAAGAGGAGUCUUCAAUAAGGAAUUACAUGACAA